AUGAGCCCCACUCUGGUGUGCAAGGUGUGUGGGGACACGAGCAGUGGCAAGCACUACGGCAUCUACGCAUGCAACGGCUGCAGCGGCUUCUUCAAACGCAGCGUCAGGAGGAGGCUCAUCUACAGAUGCCAGGCGGGUACUGGCAUGUGUCCUGUUGAUAAAGCUCAUCGGAACCAGUGCCAGGCCUGUCGCCUGAAAAAGUGUCUCCUGGCCGGCAUGAACAAGGAUGCAGUCCAGAAUGAGAGGCAGCCCCGCAGCACUGCCCAGGUGCGCCUGGACUCGCUGGACAUAGACCCAGAGAAAGAGCACCUGGCCACAACGCGAGAGCCCACCACCUGCUCGUCCUCCUCGUCUUCCUCGAUGUCCACGUACGCUUCCAACAACCACCGCUUCAUGGCCAGCCUGAUGACCGCUGAGACCUGUGCCAAGUUGGAGCCCGAGGAUGUUGAUGAGAACAUCGAUGUGACGAGUAACGAGCCGGAGAGGGCGUCCACAGACUAUCACAUGUCCCUGUACCAGUCCAGCAGCCCUGAGAACGUGUACGAGACCUCGGCUCGCCUCCUCUUCAUGUCCGUCAAAUGGGCCAAGAACCUGCCCGUCUUCUCCAACCUGCCCUUCAGAGAUCAGGUGAUUCUUCUUGAGGAGGCUUGGAGUGAACUCUUCCUGCUGUGUGCCAUCCAGUGGUCACUGCCACUGGAGAGCUGCCCUCUACUCUCACUGCCCGAUCUGGCUCCCAGCAUGUCCUGCAAGACGACGCUCUCUGGCGUGGACGUGCGUCUGCUCCAGGAGAUCUUCAGCCGCUUCCGCACCUUGACCCCGGACCCCACUGAGCUGGCCUGCCUCAAAGCAAUCGUCCUGUUCAAGCCAGAGGCUCGAGGUCUAAAGGAUCCUGAUCAGGUGGAGAACUUGCAGGACCAAUCACAAGUGAUGCUUGGACAGCACAUCCGUGCACAUUACCCAGGACAACCUGCCAGGUUUGGGAGGCUGCUGUUGCUGUUGCCAUCUUUGAGGCUGGUGAGCUCAGAGCGGAUUGAGCUCCUCUUCUUCCACCGGACCAUUGGGAACACGCCCAUGGAGAAACUCCUGUGUGACAUGUUCAAGAACUAGCCCAUGACAUCAGCAUAUACACAUCAUCUCUCACUAGCACUGGU